AUGUCGUCUACCGCCAAUCGUGGAUUGUCACAUCGCGGUGUCCUUCAUGAAUAUGCUCCCAGGCUCGUAGCCUUUGAGUUCACGUCGCCCGCCAAAGCGAGCAGCAAGCCAAAUAGCUUGAUUUUCGUGGGCGGGCUGACGGAUGGAUUCUGUACAGUCCCAUACGUGUCGAAGCUAGCAGAAGCUCUGGAGGGCACAAAUUGGUCACUGUUCUCCAUCCUGUUGACUUCUUCGUACAAUGGGUUCGGAACCGGCCAUCUCGAUCGAGAUGUCGAGGAACUCGGCAUGUGCGUGCAGUUCAUUCGAGACCUCAAAGCCGGUCGACUUCCAGGAGCACCCCCGGCGUCUGGGAAAAUCGCGAUCAUGGGUCAUUCGACGGGCAGUCAGGAUGUCCUGCGUUAUCUUCACGCACCCAACCCUCUUCCGCAGACUAAUUACGAUAUCGGACUUCAGUAUAUUGUCCGCCCUGAGCUAGAUGGUGCAAUCAUGCAAGCGCCAGUGUCCGACCGUGAGGCAAUCCUCGCUACUGUGAAGUCUGCUCACGACCAGUCUGAAGCACAACGCGCCUAUGACAAGAUCGUGGACUCCGCGAAGGCGCAGCCAUGGACCGCAGAUGGGUCGGAUUCCAUUCUUUCCAUGAAUACGCUCGCAAAGGUUGGUCUACCGGGUGAUGCGCCGAUCACUGCUCGCAGGUUCCUCAGUCUGGCGAGCCCAGACAGCCCAGCAAACCCGUCGGAGGAAGACCUCUUCAGCUCUGAUCUCAGUGACAAGCGUCUUGAGGAGACCUUUGGGGCGAUUGGGUCUCGCGCUAUCUUACAAUCCAAGCUGUGUGUGCUUUAUUCUGGCAAUGAUGAAUACUGCCCGUCAUGGGUGAAUAAAGAGGCUUUGAUUGGAAGGUGGAAGCAAGCCACCGAGGCUGGAGGUGCUAGAUGGGACGCGGAAACCAGCGGCGUCGUUCCUGGCGCCAGUCACAAUGUCCAGGACGAAGGCCAGCAAGACCUGAUUGACCGCGUCGUCCGCUAUUUGAAGAGUCUCUGA